CUUGGCGCAAUUCCUGCCUUGGCUCCCCAUCUUCCUUCUCAACCGUCUCUUCUUCUCCGAAUCGCUUCUCUGCCGCCAUGUCCCAUCCCGAAGCAUCAGCCUUCGCCGACCUCAAUGCCUCGACCGACACCCACAUCAUCAACCUCGACGCCUCGACCAGCACCCACCUCGCCGACGUCAAGGCCGAGAGCGAGUCCAUCAAGUCUGUCGAAGGCCCUCUUGGCCUCGACCACCACCACUACUCGCACCGAAGCCCCUGGCUGCGUGCCGCUGUCCUGGGUGCGAACGACGGGCUCGUCUCGGUCGGUGCCCUGCUCAUCGGCGUUGUCGCUGCCGGCACCUCCAACAGACCCACCUUCCUCGGCCCCGACCCUGUCGUUCUGGCGGGUCUUUCUGCUCUCAUCGCCGGCGCCCUGUCGAUGGCUCUCGGCGAGUAUGUCUCGGUCGCUUCCCAAAAGGACUCGGAGCUGGCCGAUCUGCGGCUCGAGCGCCUCGCUCACGAAGGCGGCCCGGAGCAGCGGCGCAAGGAGCUCGAGGAACUCACCCGCAUCUACAUGAGCCGCGGCCUCGAUCGCGAGCUCGCCAAGACCGUCGCCAUCGAGCUCUCCAAGAACGACCCCGUUGCUACCCACGCCCGCGACGAGCUCGGCAUCGACGUCGACGACCUCACCAAUCCCUUCCAGGCCGCCGUGACCUCGCUCCUGACCUUCUCUGUCGGAGCAGUGAUGCCGCUGCUGGUUGUUAUCUUUGCCAAGACGUUCCUGCUCCGGAUUGUGCUUCUUGUCAUUGUCAAUCUCAUCUUCCUGUUUGUUUUUGGUGCCGCCGGAUCCUACCUCGGCGGUGCCCCGCUCUGGAAGGGUGCCCUGCGAGUCACCAUCGGCGGCGGCAUUGCCAUGGGCGGCACCUAUCUUGCUGGAUUUGCAUUCGGAACCGUGUCGUCCUGAGUCAUGAUGGUUAUCCCUUGGAAGGGAACCAUGUGGCUCCGAUGAUUUAGCCCCGACAAUUGAUCUGGCCCUUUCGCUUCCCCGGUUCGUUGCUACUGGUUCCCGUGCCCUCGCCCUGCGAUGUAUGCUCUGUCCGAUAAUUUGUGUUUUAUUCUACCCUGCCCAUCGGCCCCCCGCUCUCCCUUCCUCCCAUCGAAUCGCAACUAUCGGCCUAAUCGCUGGCUGGGUCCGAUAUGCUGUCCAGUGGGAGGUACCGAACUGUGGCUGCGCCAAAAAUAUAUUGUUCACAUUUGAUGUCGCCGUGAC